CCCAGGUGGUGUAGGUGCUACUAGCCCAAGAGGCACUUGAAUCUGAGCCUCUCACUGGUUACACAGCCCCACCCAUACCGCAGAGAGCUGCUCCGGCGAGUAAGCAGGAUGGAUAGUAGAGUUAAAAGGAAGAAUUGGGUUUCUAAACUACCACAAAGACUAAAACUUUAAAAGUGGGAACUAAAAGCUUAUUUCCAUUAACAUUGAAACGGUGUUUGGGGGAGUAUCUAUUUUCAUGUCUGAUAUGCAAAAUAUGUGGGGAAGGAAAGUAAAGUUGACGCAACAUUGGCUACAGCACAACGGUGAAAAAUAGAUGGGAGUGACUUGAUCGAUGCCGAGGACAGGUAAAAAACGGCAAUGGCUGAAGGACCAGGCUUGACUGAGCUGAGAGAACAAGGCCUAAGUCCGCUUGGCCCAACGGCCGCUGCCGGAACUCGGUGACGCGCUUCCGUGGGCGGGGCCACCUACACGCAAGCUAACUUUCCAAGCAGCUGCGCAGUUGGUUCCCAGGUUCCUACGGUUGUGAACGUUUAUUGGAAUCACCAGCUAACAAGAAACUGUGGUUCUUAACUCCUGAAGGUGAUGCGCUCCGGUUCAGCCGUCAGUGCCUGCCAGAAAGUCUGCAGGAGUCUGUUGUCUGGUUUCGGGGGUCGAGUAGAUGGGGGCCGGCCUGAGCGUUUGAAGGAAGGGAGUGGCCCCCUCGGAGGGCCCGUGAGGUCGCACGCGGAGCUACCCGCGGGGAACGAACCAAGAGAAGCCCAAGAGUCUGGAGAGGGGAGCGAAGCGCUGGUAGAGAUCUGUCAGAGAAGGCAUUUCCUCAGUGGCAUCAAGCAGCAGAUUAGCCGAGAUUCUCUUCUGAGCGGGUGCCACUCCGGCUUUGGCCCUUUGGGUUUAGAGUUGCGGAAGAACCUGGCGACAGAAUGGUGGUCCUCGGUGGUGGUGGUCAGGGAGCAGGUGUUUCCCGUAGACGCACUCCACGUUGAAUCAGGCCCUUCACUCCCCGGGGACAGUGACUUCAGGUUAGUUUCUGCAGAAACUCUGCGCGAAAUCUUGCAAGACAAAGAACUGAGUAAGGAACAGCUAGUAGCGUUUCUUGAGAACUUAUUAAAAACUUCUGGGAAACUACGGGAGAACCUUCUUCACGGUGCCUUGGAGCACUAUGUUAAUUGCCUGGAUUUGGUAAACAAGAGGCUGCCUUAUGGCCUUGCUCAGAUUGGAGUGUGUUUUCAUCCUGCUUCUAAGCAGGCCGCUGAUGGUGUUAAAAGAAUGGGUGAGAAGAUGGAAGCUUCGCUGGUAUGGUUUACUUCAACACGAACUGCCAGCCAGUGGCUAGAUUUCUGGUUACGUCAUCGACUCCUGUGGUGGAGAAAGUUUGCCGUGAGUCCAUCCAACUUCAGCAGCAGUGAUUGUCAGGAUCAAGAGGGACGAAAAGGAAACAAAGUUUACUACAAUUUUCCCUGGGGAAAGGAGCCAAUAGAAACUCUGUGGAAUCUAGGAGAAAAAGAACUUUUACACAUGUAUCCUGGAAAUGUGUCCCAAUUACAUGGGCGAGAUGGACGAAAAAGUGUGGUUCCUUCUGUUCUGUCUGUAAAUGGAGAUCUAGACCGAGGCAUGCUGGCUUACCUCUAUGACUCUUUCCAGCUAACAGAGAAUUCCUUUACAAGAAAGAAAAAUCUCCACAGAAAGGUGCUUAAGCUUCACCCUUGUCUAGCCCCUAUUAAGGUUGCUUUGGAUAUGGGAAGAGGCCCAGCAGUGGAACUAAGACAGGUUUGUCAAGGGCUGUUUAAUGAAUUACUAGAAAAUGGGAUUUCUGUGUGGCCUGGUUAUUUGGAAACUUCACAGCCCUCAUUGGAGCAACUUUACUCAAAGUAUGAUGAAAUGGGUAUCCUCUUCACAGUUUUGAUUACUGAAGCAACUUUGGAGAAUGGAUUAAUACAUCUGAGAAGUAGAGAUACCACAAUGAAGGAAAUGAUGCAUGUAUCCAAAGUAAAAGACUUUUUAGCUAAGUAUAUAUCAUCAGCUAAGAAUGUAUAGAUUUUAAUAUUGGCCUAAUAAAUAUUUGUCUUUUCUAAUUCGGUUGUCUUACAUUAACUUAGAUUGUUUGUUAGCCCCUUUGCACUUAUGGACAUUUUUGGUGCUUUUUUAAAAAUUCAUUUUUAUUUCUUGUAUUUCUUGUUGUAUUCCACUGUAUAAGGACUAUGUUCAGCUGCAAGAAACAAAAAUCCUGCUCUACUGGAUUAAGCAAAUUGGAAUUUGUUUUUCUCAUAAAAAGAAACCAAGGUGGGGGAUACACUGUCCAGAAUUGGUACAAUCUUUUCCUCUAUAGUUAGAGACACAGGCUUUUGUUGUUUUUCUGUUCCACCGUUUAUAAUAUGUCAGAUUUUAUCUUUAUACUUGUUGCUUAAUGGUCACAGGGUGGCUGCUGUAUUUCUAGCUUUCUCAUCCACAUUCCAGUUAGGAAGAAAAUCAAAAGAGGCAAGAGCUAGCCAGCCAAGUCUCUUCCUCCUAUUUUAAUUAGGAAAGUAAAACCAUUCCCAGAUAUCCCAAUCAGAAGAGUUGUUGAUGUUUCAUUGGUCAGAACUUGGUCAUAUGGUCAUUCCUAGGCUAAUCACUGUUCAGGGGAAUGAGAAUAUAAUGAUUAAUUUGGAUCAAACAUAAUUUAUCUCUUGGGGCUACAGUAGUGUCUUAAUCUCUCUGAAAUGGGUUUUGUUUUCAGGAAAGAAGGAGUCUUGUAUGUUCAAUACGCUUGUGUUAAUUAUAUUAUUAUUAUCAACCUAACAAAAAUUUCAACUAAUAAUUUGUGUAAAGUAUCUUGAGCCCUGGCUGGUGUGGCUCAGUGGAUUGAGUGCCAGCCUACGAACCAAAAGGUUACCAGUUUGAUUCCCAGUCAAGGCACAUGCCUGGGUUUCAGGCCAGGUCCCAGGGUAGGGCAUGUGAGAGGCAGCUGAUCAGUGGAUCUCUUGCACAUUGAUGUGUCUCUCCCUCUCCCUCCCUUCCCCUCUCUCUAAAAGUAAAAUUUUAAAAAUCUUAAAAAUAUAUUAAAAAAUAU